UAUCAACUUUGCAAUUGCAUAUGGUAUAUUUUUUCAUUUCAAUCAUAUCUUCAUUCUUAAGCCUCAACUAUAGUAUAGUCAAAUCCCUAACAGAAUGAUAGCCAUGUAUGCAACCCAGGAUAUCGUAACAAGACCUAUUCGGUUGUUCUUAUUUCCGAAUACCCUUGCUGGAGAUGCGGCAGUCACCAUCAUUAUUCAGUGUCUCAUUACGUGGCACAUAGAACUCUUCCUCGUAAACCGGGACCUAAGAAAAGGUGGUGUGCAUCCGAUCGGAUUUAUCCCUGAACCCAAGAACCGGUUCAUGCGGUGGUUCAUGUUCUUAGACCGUCCCAAAGAGACGCACGAAGUUAGAAGUGUCGUGCAUUGGUUGAGCUUCUUUCGUUCUCAGAUCCUGCGGGCUCUGCUGAUUGCUGUGGCCUUCUUCCCUGUAAUAUGGGGGCCUAGCAUUGGCUUCCUCGUUCUGGCGGGUAAAUGGGAGGGCGAUGACUGGUACUACGACAAAGUGUGGGCACCGCAGGUCUUUAAGCUCAUUCAGGGAGGCGUGCUGGGACUGCUAACCACGCCGCCCAUGGUGAUGUUCUGGCUUACCAGGUGCGGAUGGGCGUUGAAGAAUAAUGAAGAGCGUUAUGGUGAACGAUGAGCUUGACAGGCGGUGCUUAUAUCGCUUCAGGGGUAGGCAUAUACUAAUAAUGAAUUACGGGGAUCCUGAUAGGAUAUCAUAUUCAAGUAUAGUCUCGCAUGAGAAUUCAAGCCUGACUUUUAAUAAGGGCUAAACGGGUAGGGCAACAGACGAUGAUUCUAAUUUUCGGUCAUGUACGGACUUAGUCACACGUUGGUUUCCCGCAGCCGUCUCAGCGACGGCCCCACCAAAUAGUGAUCGAUCUUGAGUGUGUUCUUCCAUGACUAAUCCUCACUUGACCAUCCGGUUACAGGGUUAUAGAUGUCAUAUUUAUGAAAAGCUAUUCCUAUCAAGACCAUGUAGAUCCAUUAGUACAACAUAGCUCUAGCUAUGAAUUUUAUCACACGUAAUAAUAUAAAAGAUAAAAGUAGGAUUGGCAAGCGAGCAUGUGAAUUAUGUGACAGGAUGUGCACUUCAUAGACAGCCAGCUCCCAUACCCUAAUUAUUCAAG